AUGUCGUCCUUUUUUUUCUCUCAACACUUUUUUUUCCUUUCGUCGGUAGCAAGAACGAACCACCUGAGCGAGCAGUCGACACUCACUCUUCCAACCAGCAGAGAGAGGAAGAAGAAGAAGCAGAAGAAGAAAGGAAAAAAAGAGCGAAAGAUCGAGUGCACACAACGAGUGACUUCGGUGCGAGACAAGAAGGAGGAGGAGGAGGAGGAGGAGGAGAGGGUGAAGAGGGAGGGUAGAGCAGAGAGUCGAGACGGGGAGAGCGAAGAAAAGGGAAAAAAAGGGCGGCAAAGGACGAGCAAGAAUAAGAAAAGAAAAGAAGCAAAAAAGGUGACGAUAGAGAGGAAAAGAAGGAGACUUGACGUGUCGACGAUCAGCCUGCAGGAGAUUUAA